AUGGUGUUCGCAAAUAUAACGUAUGAAGCGUUCUUUUCUCUCCUCGACGAAUAUUUCGCUUCUCGACCUUAUCUAACCGCAUCAUCAACAUCAACAUCGUCAUCACCUUCAUCCGGUUUACCAUCCAUGGCACAAUUACAAACGAUAACAAGAUUACUACCACCUUCAAGAUCAUCAAACAGCAACAAUGGUAAUCCACCUACACCAGUAUCACCUCCCACACGAGGUAGUCCAACUUCACCUACAGGUCAAGUACAACCUGAACAAGAUAUGACACAAAGAUUUAUAUCUUCGACGAUAAAAUUAGGUACAGCAGGUACUAAAUCUGGUGUAUCUGCUAUAUCACGUAAUAAGGAUGCCAUGGACUUAUUGGGUAAAGCAGGUGUAGCAGGGAUGAUGAGAAAUGCAGAUAAAAGAAUGAAUUCACCUCCUCCAAAUCAACCUGGUGCUACUAUCGAAGAAGUCACUGUAGUAGAACAAAAAACCAAACCUCCCCCACCAGGUAAGAAAAGUGGUGUCGCUGGAUUAGUAUCUGGACGAUCGUUCGGUCACGUAGACACAUCAAGUAAGAUGUCAGCAUUUACAAGUAUGUGGAAAGACCCGCAAAAAGUUAAAGAACCGGUAGUGGAACAUCAUGUCGCACCUGCAUUAUCCACAAAGCAUGUUUCCAUGCCACCUCCUAAUAGACGUGAUAAUUCAUCUUCAUCAACCAGAGCGCAGAGUCGCGAAGAACCCGCUUUACAACAAGUUCAAGCGUUAUAUGACUAUGAGGGAGCAGAUUCUACGGAUUUGCAGGUCCAAGCAAAUCAAAUUGUGAAUCUUAUAGAGAAGACUUCUGCAGAUUGGUGGACGUGUGAAGAUGGGAACGGAACGAGAGGACUUGUACCUGCUACGUAUCUGAAGGAAUUGUAA